UUGUCUUCCUCCUCCUUCCUUAAAGAAGCUUUUGAGAUAAUCCAUGGAAUAUCGUAGCUCCUACUCUCAAAACCAACAAACCCAUCACAAGAAAACCUCCAAAUCGUCGACUUCGAGUCUUACCCCGUCUCAAUUCGAACUUUCCUCGAUAAAGUUUUGACCUUUUUAACCAUGGCGAUUGCUCGUGGCGGCGUCACCACAUCGUUGACCCAUCUCCACCUCACCUUCCCGCCGCCGAUAUCUCUCCGACGAACCCUCACCGCAAAACCCACUUCCCGAAUCAUCACCUGCAAUCUCAAAUUCCACCACGCCGCCGGGAAGUUCCGGUCAUCCUCCCACCGCUCCGUGGAGCUAGACCAGUUCAUCACAAGCGAGGAGGAAGAAGGAGAAGCGGAGGAGAUAGGAGAUGGGUUCUUCGAGGCGAUCGAGGAGCUGGAGAGGAUGAACAGAGAGCCUUCCGACAUCCUCGAGGAGAUGAACCAUCGCUUGUCUCCACGAGAGCUUCAACUGAUGCUCGUCUACUUCGCGCAGGAAGGGAGAGACUCGUGGUGCGCUCUGGAGGUGUUCGAGUGGCUGAAGAAGGAGGAUAGGGUUGAUGAGGAGAUGAUGGAGCUGAUGGUUUCGAUAAUGUGUGGGUGGGUUAGGAAGCUGGUGGAGGAGGAGUGUGGUGUUGGUGAGGUGUUGGAGUUGUUGAUUGAUAUGGAGUGUGUUGGGUUGAGACCUGGGUUUAGUAUGAUGGAGAAGGUUAUUGCUUUGUAUUGUGAGAUGGGGAAGAAGGAGAAUGCUGUUUUGUUUGUUAAGGAGGUUUUGAGGAGGAGAGAUGGGUUUGGUUUUAGUGUUGUUGUUGGUUCUGAAGGCAGGAAAGGUGGGCCUAGUGGGUAUCUUGCUUGGAAGAUGAUGGUUGAUGGAGAUUAUAAGAAGGCUGUUGAUUUGGUUGUUGAUUUGAGACACUCAGGGCUAAAGCCAGAAGCUUACAGCUAUCUAAUUGCAAUGACAGCUAUUGUGAAAGAGCUAAACAGUCUUGGAAAGACGCUACGCGAGUUGAAACGCUAUACACGUGCUGGUCUCGUUACUGAGAUUGAUGAUCACGAUAGGUUACUCAUAGAGAAGUAUCAGUCAGAACUAAUAUCCCGGGGACUUGAGUUAGCAUCUUGGGCCAUCCAAGAAGGUCAAGAAAACGAGUCCAUCGUUGGAGCGGUCCACGAGAGGCUCCUGGCUAUGUACAUAUGCGCAGGACGUGGACCAGAAGCAGAGAAACAGCUUUGGGAGAUGAAGUUCGCAGGGAGGGAACCUGAAGCUGACCUCAACGACAUUGUAAUGGCGAUAUGUGCCUCGCAGAAAGAGGUGGAUGCGGUUUCACGGCUUCUGACAAGGGUGGAGUUCAUGGGGUCUGAGAGAAAGAAGAAGACUUUGUCAUGGUUGCUUAGAGGGUAUGUGAAAGGAGGGCACUUUGAAGAGGCUUCAGAGACGUUGGUAACGAUGAUCGACUCUGGUUUGUGUCCGGAGUAUAUUGAUCGUGUGGCUGUGAUGCAAGGGAUGACGAGGAAGAUCCAACGGCCAAGAGAUGUUGAAGCAUAUAUGGGUCUAUGUAAGAAGCUGUUUGAUGCUGGUUUGGUAGGACCUUGUCUUGUGUAUAUGUACUUGGAUAAAUAUAAGAUGUGGAUAGUGAAGAUGAUGUAAAUGAAGGAGCAUCUGGUAGCUGGUACAGGAGGUUAAUGACUCAAAAGCUAAGCUUGGAGGGGUUGAGAUCUUCUAUUUUUGGUAUAUAAAUAUGUAUGUAUGCAGUAAUACGUAUAUCUCUGUGUGUGUAAUAAAAACAAGUUAGGUGUAUGUAUAUAUAUAUAUAUAUAUAGAUAAUCAGGUACUGUAGAGACUUAUGAAAUCGUCUUUGAAAUUAUCUGUCUGUGAGUUUUCUGUAAUAUGAGCUGUGUUACAAUUUAUGGUUUUUAGUUCCGAUUCGGG